GGCUGGGCAGACAAAAGAAACAGCAUCCUGAGAAAGGUUCCCGCCACGGGGUCCAUGCUCGAAGUCGCCGGGGCUCCCCCACCCCAAAGACCCAGGGUGUCCAGGCAGGUGCUCUGAGCUGGGGUCUGCCUGCUCCCUCCCUCUCGGGGUCGCCAGCGCCUCCUCCUCAGCUCACUGCGACCCCGCGCAGCCCGCGGGGCGGGAGCCCCAACCUGCAGACACACCCCCAGCCCAACCCCCACCGCCGCCUCCACCGGCCCCUGCCGCGCUGCCAGCUCCGCGAGGCCCGGGCGCCCCUGGCGGUGGCGGGCGGAAGUGCGAGUCAGAUGGUUGAAGAUCUUCCACCUGAACUCUCUACAGAGGACGCUGGGGAGAUACAGGUGGAGCCGCCGCCUCGGCGCCUGCAGCAGCCGCCGCCGCCGCCGCCGCUGCUGCUGGGGCUGCCACCGAGCCGAAGGACAGGGAGCGCGGCUGCAGAGAGCGGCCGCCGGCAGCAGCAGCGAGCGUCGCAGCGACAGCGGAGCGCAGCCCGCCCCGUGAGGCGCUGCCCGGCCGGCGGCGGCAGCGGGAGCAGCAGCAACAGGCCUUCCCUCUGCCACCUCCCGGCCUCCUCCUCCCCGGCGCGCGCAGAGCAGCUGAGCCCGGGGGGCGGGGGGAGGGGGCGCGUGCCGCGGCGUGGGGAGGGGCGGACCGGCGCGCGCCCCGCCCAGGGCUCGCGGAGACCCGAGGGGCGCGUGCCGCGGCGUGAGGCGAGGCGCGGGGCGCGGGGCGGCGCGGCGGGGCCCCUCCCCCCUCCAGCCUGGCGCGCGCCGGCCGGGCCGCACCGCUGCAGGCUCGGCGCGCGGGCCAUGUCCGCCUUCUGCCUGGGCUUGGCCGGCCGCGCUUCAGCACCCUCAGAGCUGGACAGCGCCUGCUGCACGGAGCUGCCCGCCGCGGCCGCGGACGCAGUCGGGAAUCCAGCCGCCGCCACCGCCACUGCCCUCAUCGGGGGCCCCGGGGAGUUGGAACUGGCGUUAGAGGAGCAGCUGGCGCUGCUGGCGGCUGGAGAACGGCCGUCCGAGCCCGGGGAGCAUCCUCAGGCCGAGCCCGGGCCUCCAGCCAAGGCGGCCGGACUGCAGCCGCCGCCCGCCCAGGAUCCCGAGCUGCUGUCAGUGAUCCGGGAAGAAGGAUCUGGUCUUGGCGGCCCGACUGGGCAAGGCAUUGCUCGAGAGAAAUCAGGACAUGAGCCGGCAGUACGAACAGAUGCACAAGGAACUAACAGAUAA